CGAGCCGCUGCCCGCCCCGCGCCCAUGGAGGGGAGCCUGGUCCGCGCCUUCGGGGCCCUGAGCCUGCAGCCCCCGGCCCGGGCGCCGCCCCGCAGGCGCCGCUUCAGCAAACGCCUCUACCUGCUGCGCGGCCUGCCCGGCUCCGGGAAAACCACGCGGGCCAGACAACUGAAACGUGAAUUUCCUGGUGCUGUGAUUCUUAGCACUGAUGACUUUUUCUUCACAGAAGAUGGCACCUAUGUGUUCAGACAUGAUUGGCUAGAAGAAGCACACUUAUGGAACCAAAAGAGAGCACAUACAGCAAUGAAGAAUGGGAAAUCCCCGGUUAUUAUUGAUAAUACCAACAUCCACGCUUGGGAAAUGAAGCCGUAUGUGAUUAUGGCACGUGAAAAUAACUAUGAAGUUAUAUUCCAAGAACCUGACACACACUGGAAAUUCAAUGUUCGAGAGUUAGCAAGAAGAAACAGUCAUGGUGUCCCGAGAGAAAAGAUACAGCGCAUGAAAGACCAGUAUGAGCAUGACAUUACCUUUCAUAUCGUGCUUCACUCUGAAACACCAAGCAGAGAUGGCAGACAUUCCAGUGGACCCAAUGCCGCUCACAACACUGUGGCUUAUUCCAGUAUGUGUCCAACAUUCCCAAACAGAAGAACGCACAGCCGCUACACAAAUGAAAGAUCAUUUAAUAGAGGUGGAUUCCAGAAUGUAUUUUAGUAUUGCAUAAGGGUUUAAAAGACUAAAAAAAUUUAACUUUUUACUCUCAAUUUUUGUAUUUUUCUACUAAAUCUAAAUCAGGAGUUAUUUCUGUUAAUUUACAAGUCUUAAAAUAUUACUGUAAUGUUGUUUUGUCAAUUACACAAUCUGAGAUCACUGAAACCAAUAUAAACUGUACACACCAUCUCUGUCCCAGUACACCCAGUGUUGGCCAAUUUUCCUUGUUCAGUCAUGUCUUAACCUUCAAUUAUAAAUUUAUAAAUGUGGUUUGUCUCUUGCCUGUAAACGAUCAUGAACAUUUCUGGUGCAGUGUAAUUAUUUCUUCCUGUCUUCCAGGCCCAUUCUCUCUCCUUCUCCCCUCAUAUACAGUCUCUCGCUAAUGCCAAUCACUUCUUUCUCCCUAAUAGUUCCAAACUCCACCCUUUCUUCUUGGUCUCUGUUGCCAAGACACUUGUCCAUGUUGUAGUCUUUUUUAGCUUCUCUACUUUCUCCUGCCUGGCCUGAGUGCUUCUCACCUCUUCCCACCUCAGCUUGACCAAUGUAAACUUUCAAUUCUUCCAUUGGUUUCCUGUCUUCUUACAGGAAAUUCACCUUACAAGACUCUACAUAACCGUCUUUCUAUCUGCAUCACUGCUUUUAUUACUCAUGCUCUUCUCAGUCCUUUCACUUUGCUCCCCACUUUCCCCAAACUGUUUCACACAGUCUCUCUUGCUGCCCUUCUACACCUACUCUCUCUAUCCUUAUCUGCCAACCACCACCUCUCUCCUCAUUCAAACGCCUUUUUCAGCAAUCCCUCUUCCCUUCAUUAAUAAUCACCCCCUUCCUGCCCUUUUCCUGAACUGUUGUUCUGUAUUUGUCUUAUACUGUAAGCUCUUUAGAACAGGGAACAUAUUUUGAAGUGCAAUGUAAAUUAAUGGCAUCAUAUAAAAUUUUAAAAUAAAAUAAUAACAACAGAAAGAAAUAACAAAGACCUAAAUGCUAUACUUCCAUAUCGGGGACAUCAAAAAACCACCAGAGAACUAGAACAAUUUACUAAAGACAACUGAGUCAAUUGUCUUGCAACCUUACCUUGAGAAAUGACCAAAAAUGUUUGUAGUUAUUCCUUUGUACAUCGUGUUGGUUUUUAAAAGACAUUUUAUCACAGCACUAAGACAAUUCAAAGUAUGUUGACAUUAAAUAAUAUGACACCUAGAUAGUUUGAAGAUGCACGGCUUGAUUUUCAGAGCAGCUAAUAUUAUUGUCUUCUCCUCUUCUAGCUCCAUUUUUGUCUGUUUCAUCCCUGUUGCAUCUAGUCCAGCGGUUCUCAAACUUUAGCAACCCGAAGAUCCUCAUUUUGAUUUAAAAAUUUUCACGGACCCCCAAAACAGCUUCUAAUUUUCCCCAGGGGUGCUCAACCACUGCUCAGCCCCAGGCCCCACACCUACUCCACCAUUUCCCCCAAUGCCCCAUCUGCAGACCCCCGUUUGAGAACCGCUGACCUAGUCAAUAUCCUAAACUGUGAGCUCUCUCAAGCAAGGGCAAUUUAUUGUUUGUUUGUACAGCUCUUAGCACAAUAGGCCCUGAUCCUUGAUUAGGCCCAUAGGCGCUACUGUAAUAAUAAAACUAAUAAUUAAAUGGGGAAUGUGGAGACUUGCCUCUGAAAGUUAGGCUGCAGGGCCAUAUUUUUAAAUUUGGGUGUCUAAAGUUGACACCUAAAUAUGGAUUUAGAAACAACAUUUUAGGCAUACAAGAUCGAACCUGAGCAGUUUGCCUUGGGCCUCAUGGUUAGCCUUGUCUUAUUAGACCAUAUGAAAUCUUUUCGUUCCUUAUCACUCCAGGAUGGACAGUUCACGUACACUGCACUAGUUAUGGAGUUAUCCGGCAUUUGACAUUGUGUAUCACACAGUAUCCAUGAGGAACACGACAUCCUUUGUACAAUAUUACUUAUAAGAAUUUGUGUACAGAUAAUUGGGCUCUCUCUUGGUGCUUGGGUACUACACUACACUCUGGUUCCUGCUUUGUGGCACAUCUCUUUAGACUUGUUAUUGUGUAAAACUUGAUUUCUCUAGUAAUCUAACUGGAAAUGCACAUUCUCUGUUCAUGUGUUGUAGUAUCUAUAGACAUGAAAUCUCUGCCUUGACCUUUGAAAACGGGUCACAAAAACAUUAAAGUAGCCUAAGAAUAGUGGGCUUAUUUACAACAGAAAAAAAGUAUAAACAGGAAAAACAAAAAAUUGUUAAUGUCAUGGUUGGCUUGGCUUGCAAGUUAUAUUGCUUUUCACUGUGCAAACUACUGGCCAAGCAGAGGGAUGGCUUCCCUGUUAGGUAAUCAGGAGACAACUCUGGCUUUAUAAUCAAAAUAGAUUGUGAACAGAAGAGGAUUAAAAUAUACACAAUAUUUUCAUAUUUAUAAUAACGCAAACAAACAAAACCCUACACAUUAAAAUGCAUUGUUUUUCAAGUCAUUUAGGAGGCCUCAUGUGCUGAGACUCAGGGAGGUUUGGGUGAAAAGGGAGAAUUUUGUCCUGAUAUUUCAAAAACAGAAAGUUAGUCAAAAGGUAAUCAAGCAGAAGAAAUCUAAAACACUUUAUAAGUAUUUGAAUGUAUGGAAGUUUUCUCUGUCUAAACUAUGUCAAAUAAAAAGAUAAAAUUGGA